AAAUCCCUAGCGGCAGCUAAUCCCCAUUGCGCCUGGCACAUCUCUCUUCUCCCCCAUCCUCCUUCUCCACCUCCGGACGCCGCCAGGGCUAGGCCGCCGUGGUGGUGCGCCUCCCAUCCACCUGCACCACUCCACUCCGCCGCCUCAGCCAUCCAUCCACCGUGCGCCUCCCAGCCACCAGCACCUCCCACCACAUCACCCAUCUCCAUCCACCAGCGCCACUCACCAGCAUCACAACGCUUCCCCGCACCUCGCACCCCUGUGCUGCUGCUCUUCUUCUCCAACUGCCACUGCUCCUCCCCUUGUCCCUUCUGCUGAUGCUCUUCCCUGCUGUCCUUCUUCCCUUGCCUUGCUCCUUCUCCAUCUCUUGCUGCUACUUCUUCUUCUCUGAACCUCAUUUCUUCUCCUUGCAUCCCCUUGUUGCAGCGCCUCUUUCUUUGCUGCUGCUUCUCUUCUCACGCCCCCUGCUACUUUUCUUCUCCAAGCACCGCUGCUUCUUCUCCAUCACGAAACUGUUGCCCCUCUCUUGCUGCGCCCCUGCUGCUUCUUCUCACGCUGCUGCUGCUCUCUAUCCCCAUGUCCCUGCUGCUGUUCUUCUCUGAAACCUCAAAACUGCUGCUUCUUCUCCCUCUCUCUAUUCUCUAAUUUUCUGUAAUCUUGAGUAGUGUAAUGUUCAGUACUUUGAAAUGUUCAGAAUUGAGAUGUGUAGCACUUGUAAGGUUCAGAUUUUGAAAAGUGUUUGCAAUAAACUAGUUUGUUCAGUUCGUACUUGUUAAAUAUCAUGUCAUAAAUUCUAUGUUCUGAAUAGUGGAUUUCUUGUUGCUUUGGGAACUAACUCAUAUGUAAUAUUUUGUUACUUUGGUAAUUAGUGUUCUGUCAGCAUAUAUGUGUGUUCACCCUGUGUAUUUCUUCUCGCUGUCUAGUUAAAUUCUAUCAGUAUUAGUUGUUAAAUACUGUUGUGUUGAUCUGUGGGUACUAAUCUUGUGGCUUGUAAGAUUUCAUUUCUGUUGUCACUUGUGUAACCUGAACCGUGGUGUCGUAUCCUGUUCGCAUAUGUGUGGUUUUGUGUGGUCUGUAGUCCCUGUAUCAGCUAUGUACCUAUGAUAUAUGAAUGUGCGUGUGUGUGUUUGAUUUGAAACAAUUAUAUUCUGUCAUAUACUGUCGCUUCUUCCUACUGUUAUAUGUUUGAUACUAAUGUGUCCUCGUCUUGUAGCUUUACUUGAUAUUGACUCCUGUUUGUGUUAGUAUUUUAAUUCCUCAAAUAAAACAAAAUACCAAAAAGAUAGUGAGUAAUAUCUUAACCUCCCUUUGCUAUUUUGCAUUUUCUUGGUGGCCUAUCUUUGGGUACAAUCAUUGUUAGUUUAGAUUCUUAUUUUCUGCAUUUAUCUCUUAAAAUUGUGCUACCUAGCUUUAGCCAAGCAUAGUCGUCGUCGCCUAGUCCCUGUGGAGAACACGACAUCCGUAGUUUGGGGCGUAAAAACCCCGCUAUACUUUCAAAUGAUCAUUUUGGCGCCGUUGCCGGGGACUAGCGUCGAGCGAUUGUGCUAGGCUAUAGACUAGGUUUUUCUUGUUUUCAUCUUGUGCCAUAUAUUUGUGAUAUAUCUCUAGCCACUAACCCCUGUUCUAGUUAUUAUCUUUUUGUCUUCUUUUCCUUUUUGCAGGUUGGAUUAUCCUCUCGCAAAUGGCAUUCUAUUCAGAUCAUCAUGCUUAUGCGAGCAACACUACAAACAACACGGAAAGUAUACAAGAACUGAUAAGUAAGAUUUCCCAUCGAUUAGAUGAUUUAGCUCGACAGCGAGAGGUAGUUUUUGAGGAUAGGCCUAGCUCUUAUGAUCCUUAUUCUAGAGGUCAUCCUUAUGUUGCUCCUACAUGCCAUAUUUGUGGUUACUCUCACCCUCCCGAUUGUUAUGGCACGAGCUUCGCCCCACAGCCUAGCUCAUACCAAAAAAAUUACACACAUGGGUGGCCUGAAAACCAGAAUAUGUCAUAUAGGAGCAAUAACCCUGAGAUCUCAUCAUUUUCCUCUAGUUAUCCGAUGCAGGGAUUUAGGUAUGAAGAGGAGAGCCACAACUAAGCUCCACAACAGAUUUAUUCAGCUCCUACUCAUAUACCUCAACACCAGGACAUGUUGCCAAUGGAGUUAAAUGGUCCUCCAUUUGGUCAACCAACAUCUUCAACACAAGUGCCCACACAAGAUGACUUUGAUGAUAUAUACAAGCUCACAUUGCUUGGUCUAGAGUUCACUUGGAGUGCCGAAGAUGAUCCAAUUAGGCCGGUGAUACUAGAGGAAAUGAAGAAGAUUAAGAGUGGAAAGGAUCUAGUGGAAGAAGUAAAGAAGAUUGAGAAGAACAUCAACACUGCUGAGCAAGAUAGCAAGUGCCUUGAGCAUGAGAUACCUCAGAUUGAAGAAGAUGAACUAGAAGACAAGGAACAAGAUGAUGAAGAGCUGCAAUUCCCAAGUGAUCAAGUUGAAGACUCGUCAUCUACUACUCCUGAAGAAGUACAAGAAGCUGCUGUAGAUGAAGAUGAAGAACCUGAGAUUCAUUGGCCUAUUGUCAUACAUGAGCGUGAUGUGUCAGGUUUACCCAAUCCUCUUGAUGACAUGCUCCCUUGUGAUUUCUUUGCUUCUAACUUGCAUUGCAUGAUGCCAUUACUUAAGGUAGAUUUGAAAAACUAUUUGCUUGGAUAUGAUCAUAUAUACCCUGUUAGUGGCAUUACUCUCAUUUGUGAUGAUCACAAUUACUUUCCUCGUGCUAGUUCUAUGCUUAAUGAAACAUAUCAUUCCCAUGUUAGUCUUGAGCUUAAUGAUAAAUAUCAUCCUCAUGUUAGCAUUGAGCUUACUGAUUUGUACCAUCCUAAACAUGUGCUUUAUAGCUAUGCUUAUGUAAUUGGGUACUCUAUAGAUGAUUUAGAGGGCAUUACCCUUGUCACUUGUAUUGUUUCCUUGGUUGAGUGCUCUUUCAGGUUGUUGCUUGUGCACGAUCCACUACAUGCUGACCAAGUUCGAGAUGACAUUCCCUGGGACCCAGGUGGACCCAUGGCAUGGGGAUGAGGAGAAGCAAGGAGCACACAUGAAGAGAGAAGCUGGAGCAGGCAUGAGGAUAGAGAAGCAAAAGGAGAGGAGUUGCAGUUGGUGAGGUGAUCGAGCGAGUGCUACAUCAUCAAAGCCCGGUGAGCUAUUUCAUGACCCAUUCCGAGUAUAUCAUCCAUUGAUACAAGCUGAAAUCAUUUGAUAUUUGGGUUGCUUGAGUCAUUUCUUAAAUACUGUCCCGCUGAAUUUUAUUUGACAUAUGGUGCUUGAUGAGAAUAUGCGAACUGAUUGUUGAAUGCCAUGUAAACUAGUGAUAUACAUGUUGCUUGCUUUGCUGAAAUUAGUUUUGAGUGCUCAAAUCCCUAGUACACUAGAAAACUUAAUCAUUUUCUGCUUUUACCUCGAUACACCUAGAUCACAACAUUUAGAUGCUGAAUUUGUGCCAAGUGUCUUCCCAUUGAGAGCAAUCACCUAACCACUAUGGAUUAGCAUGCUAUGUUCCCUGGAUCGGUAGCAUGUGAACCAGACAUGGAGAAGUGAUGAUUCCUGUUUUUGUUCUUAUGCAUUGUUCAUUUAAGAUAAGUAAUAAUGAAUAAAUAAGUCUGACUACCUACAGUAGCAUGUCAUGUUCCCGGGAUCGGUGGCAUGUGAAAUCGGGUUAGCUUGGGCAGUAAUUAAUAAUAAUAAAAAUGUAAUUGUCGAACCAGGUGUAUACCAUGUUCUCGGGAUCGGUGGUAUGUUCCUUUGGGGAGACAAACACACUAAAAAAACUAAUAAUUGGUCGAGCCAGGUGUAUACCAUGUUCUCGGGAUCGGUGGUAUGUUCCUUUGGUGAGACUGAUAAAAUAUUAUCAUUACUUCCUUCAAAUUUAAUAAGUGGUUCAACCACAAAAUCAUAUUUCUGCAAAUAAGAGAUUUAAUUCCAGUUCUUUUUGUUCUCGGGAUCAUGCUCUCUUUAGGAACCAUUUGGCACAGUCAUCAUUUAAACUUGUUGAUCCUCUUUUAUCACUGUAAAAGUUUAAAAUGGUCAUGCUUACUAGUAUCCUACCGCUUUGAAGCACUCCUAACCAUUAAUUUUCACUAGCUAAGUCCAAAGCAUGCACUGUUUAGAGAUCUACUUCACUUGGUAUUCUCUAGUCAGCUCACUGUUCACAUUCUUGCUCUUGUCAUAUGCCUUUGCUUGAGGACAAGCAAAAGUUUAAGUGUGGGGGAACUUGAUAAGCACAUUUAAUAUAUGCAAUUUUGGCAUAGAAAUAUAUUAUUUAUUGAGAUAUGACCAUCAAUUCUUGCUGUGAAAUAUUGAAUAUUUGCAUGAAAAUCAUAUAAAGUAUCAUUUACUAGUCAUUGUGUUUCUUUUGCAGAAAAGUGCGCAAAGGCACUAUAAACUUCAAGAUCUGGACUAGUGGCUAAGAGAACCAGUCAAGUGAAAAGGAAGAAGAAAGACAGAGGGACUUGUGUGUGAAGAAAUGAUGCUCCAUGGGACAAGUUAAAGAAGAAAGGGACCUUCUUAUGAAGAAAGAAGAAAAGGAGAAGGGCCAAAAAUGCAAAGUGGCAGAUCAGAGGAGGGGUCAAAAUCCCUAGCGGCAGCUAAUCCCCAUUGCGCCUGGCACAUCUCUCUUCUCCCCCAUCCUCCUUCUCCACCUCCGGCCGCCGCCACGGCCAGGCCGCCGUGGUGGUGCGCCUCCCAUCCACCUGCACCACUCCACUCCGCCACCUCAGCCAUCCAUCCACCGUGCGCCUCCCAGCCACCAGCACCUCCCACCACAUCACCCAUCUCCAUCCACCAGCACCACUCACCAGCAUCACAGCGCUUCCCCGCACCUCGCGCCCCUGUGAUGCUGCUCUUCUUCUCCAACUGCCGCUGCUCCUCCCCUUGUCCCUUCUGCUGAUGCUCUUCCCUGCUGUCCUUCUUCCCUUGCCUUGCUCCUUCUCCAUCUCUUGCUGCUACUUCUUCUUCUCUGAACCUCAUUUCUUCUCCUUGCAUCCCCUUGUUGCUGCGCCUCUUUCUUUGCUACUGCUUCUCUUCUCACGCCCCCUGCUACUUUUCUUCUCCAAGCCCCGCUGCUUCUUCUCCAUCACGAAACUGCUGCCCCUCUCUUGCUGCGCCCCUGCCGCUUCUUCUCACGCUGCUGCUGCUCUCUAUCCCCACGUCCCUGCUGCUGCUCUUCUCUGAAACCUCAAAACUGCUGCUUCUUCUCCCUCUCUCUAUUCUCUAAUUUUCGGUAAUCUUGAGUAGUGUAAUGUUCAGUACUUUGAAAUGUUCAGAAUUGAGAUGUGUAGCUCUUGUAAGGUUCAGAUUUUGAUAAGUGUUUGCAAUAAACUAGUUUGUUCAGUUCGUACUUGUUAAAUAUCAUGUCAUAAAUUCUAUGUUUUUAAUAGUGGAUUUCUUGUUGCUUUGGGAACUAACUCAUAUGUAAUAUUUUGUUACUUUGGUAAUUAGUGCUCUGUCAGCA